GAGUGUACUUGCGUGUUGCGAAAUAAUCUAUUUAAGCUCAUCAAUGCUCAAGUGUCUUAUAUUUUAUUCAGAAAAAAAAUAUUUAAUUAAAAUGAGUUAAAAUAAUUUUACAGUUCAAUUAAAAUUAUUAAGAAUUCAAACAAUUUUUAUUUAAAAUAUUUGAAUUUGAAAUAAUAAAAUGCCGGCAGCUUCUUCAAUUUAUUGGAACUCAAUAGAUUCCCAAAGAUCAUCAAGUUCUGGUGACGCGGGCAGUGCGCGCCAGUACGUCGAUCCCUGGGAUCUAGAAAAUUACGCGUAUUUACGUCGCCACAGUAUCGCAACUCCUGGAAAUCAUCAAAAACAUCAUCAUCAUCAUCAUCAUCAAGUUCCACAGACUUCUUACAGCCGCGUAUCGCAACGUCGCGAACCUGAAAAUGAAUAUUGGUAUGCAAAAGAAUUAUCACGUGAGCCUGGUUAUUUACCACCAGCUUCCGUUGAAGAAAUAUAUUUUGGACCUUCAAAAAUAAAUAAUUCACAUUAUCAACCAAUUUAUGAAGAUGACCCGCGUUAUGCUGCACCAGUUUACGCACCACUCACCGACCUCGAGCAAGCUAAACAAUUCGAGGAUCGUCGGUUGAAAGAGGUGUUGAGACGUAGAAAACUUUCACGUACAAGUAUACAUGGAAGGCAAGUCUUUAAAUUUAUCAUUUUCAGAGAGAAGUAUAUUUAUCACAGCGCGUCAAACCGACGCGAUUCUGUUGAUAAUAAUAAAAGUAAAUCAACUAGCGGUGGCGAAGAAAAUUGCUACUUCGAAGUAAUACAGCCGUCUAAUAUCGGGUUCAGUAAUUACGGUCAUCUUAAAAUUGAUUACACAAACAGUUGGAAUUCAUUACAACGUAAAAUUACUAAAUAAUCAUUUUUAAGUUUAUAAUUAGUAAUAAAAGCUUCAAUAUUUUUUUA